UAAACAAUAAGCGAACCGUCGUAAUUGCUUUAGCUGCAGCCAAGGCUGUCACACGGUAGAUUGAAAUCAAGUCUGAAAACGCAUAUUGCAGAAAAAAAAUUAUGGCCGACGACGAGAAGCUACCUUCUGGGUGGGAGAAAAGAAUGAGUCGUAGUUCAGGUCAAGUGUACUACUUUAACCACAUCACCAACGCCAGCCAGUGGGAACGGCCAACGGCAGACGGCCGAGGAGAGCCAGACAAGGUACGCUGCUCUCACCUCCUGGUGAAGCACAAAGACUCACGACGUCCAUCUUCUUGGCGGGAACAAAACAUCACACGGACUAAAGACGAGGCGCUGGAACUCAUUCAAAAGUAUAUAGAAGAGAUCAAGUCUGGAGAGGAGAAGUUUGAGUCCUUGGCUUCUCAGUUCAGCGACUGCAGCUCGGCUAAGAACGGUGGAGAUCUGGGAUUGUUUGGAAGAGGUCAAAUGCAGAAGCCUUUUGAAGACGCCUCCUUCGCUCUCAAAGUAGGAGACAUGAGCGGUCCUGUUUUCACUGACUCUGGAGUCCACAUCAUUCAACGCACUGGUUGAAACAAAAAAGCCACACACUUUAUUUCCCUGUUAUCACACACACACAUACACAAAGUAAAACCAAACCAGACCUGUGAUUAAACCUAAUGACACAUGCCACCAAAUAAAUAAAGCAUAUGGGCUGAAUUGCAUUAUUUUAAGCGGGACACAUAUUGUCCAGAUCAGAUAUUUUCAAUACUCUUAACAACAAGGAGUGUUGCUGAGUCUCCAUGUCAGACCUGAAGCUUUUAUUAACAGUGGUUAUGUCAGUAAACAUAAACAUGAGUGCCUGUGACUCUGUUGAAGUGAGUGUCCAGCUGUUAACAUGAUGAUUGAAGAUUCAGAAUGCGCCUGUAAAAGCUCGUAUGUUUUUGUAUGUGCAUGUCUUUAAAAGGACCAUUUACUGUAUGUUUUUUCCUGUAACAUUUUCCAUUUCUACAGUAUCUCUGUAAAAGCAGCCCUUCUAUCUGAAUGCUCCAGAUUCAUUACAUGUUAAACACACUUUGUACCCAUGGAAGUCCCCCACAAUCAAAGAACACCGUUAUUCUCAAUAUUUGAUUCAAUUUGUUUGUCCGACUCCCGAUGUUCAAUAACCCCGGUUAAUAUUCCCCAUAAGCGGCCUGAAAAAGAAGUGCAUGUUUCCCUCCCCUCUAACUAUAUGCAAAGUUGAAAACAGUUGAAAACUUACAGAUAUUAGCAAUCAGCUCAGCAGCUUUUAAAAGCAUCAAAGUUCAGAAAUGAAAUGUUGCACUGUUGUGUCAUUGGAGUUAUUCUUCCUCAAUUAAAAGACUCUUUUUUUU